AUGGCCGAACCUAAGCCAUCCGAAUUUCAACCGCGAGAUAAUCGCCGCGACUCUGAAAUUCCAGAACAGCCCUUACCACUUGACAUCAACUACCCCUAUGUUGGACGCAAUGAGAACCCUAUAUUCCCGGACGAGUACGUCCUCGAAACUAGCACUGGUCUCGUUCCCCAAACCACACUGGAGCAAGUCCGCUCUCCAGCUACCGCUCAGGCACCCCGCCACGACGAGGACAAGGUCAAAGCCCUGUUAGGCCCCAUUCUGAGAUUGUUUGCGCGAGUCCAGGUUUUUUUAAAAAAAAAACUUUGA